AUGCAAGGAUGUCAUGAGUCAGUCUUGGCUCAGCAGAAACAGAAAGUCCAUCCCCUGAAUCCACCCGCUUCUCUGGGCAAUCACAAUCACGCUCGAUACAUAAGGGAGCCACGGUCACCGCUAUCAUUUACGUCGCUCAGCUGCAAAAGGUUGAGACGAGCUUUGGUUCAUUUCCUUCACGAUGAAGCAAGACAGCCAUCUCCGCUUAUCCGCUUCCGAGCGAUGAAAAGGCUAUUCGACGGGAAAUAA